UUCGCCAUCACUCUCGCACGCAGUCAGCCGCCGAGUCGCCAACCCAACAAGAAGGGCGCCGAAGGUUGGAGCCCCCGCCGUCGGCCGUCGCCGACCUAUCCAACCCGCGGCAAUUCCCAAUCCCCGACGCGUCUCUUGGUUCUUGCCGUCCGGCCAGCCCGCCCGCCAUCGACCAUCCUGAACUGGGAGUCUGCGACCUAAUCCCACCAACACCGCCGCCAUCCACUUCACCCAGAUUAUUUCCAAAUGGCUAGUGAGGACUCAAAAGAUAUGCUGAAGAAUGUGGACUGGAAGACAGUGGGCGGUGCAGUGACUACUGAAUCUAGCCAGCCAGUCAUCAAGAAGCGCCUUCCAAAGAAGAUCAGACAAGUCCCUGAGUGUUAUUUUCUGCCUCGGCGAUCUUGGCCUUCUGCAUUGGCAAUCUAUGGUGCCGUUUGUGCUGCUGGUGUUGGUGCAGGAAUGCUGCUUGAGGUGUGGAUAAACAAAAAGAUCAAAGAGGAUGGUGGCAUUAUCUGGGAGAUGGAUAAAUGAUGUUAUGGUAGAACUACUUCUGGCACUACGAUGACUCCCUCCUUGUCCUUGGAAUGGCAACAGUAAAGCCUGCCUGUUACAACUUGCAAGACGGCAAGACCCUUUGAUUGGUGCUUCUGACAUUGCAUCUAUUGUAUGGACCUUUGCAUUCACACAGCUGGAAGGUGAAUAUCCACUGGUAGCAAGCGUUAUGUAUGCUUCUGUGGACCUUUUUGUCCUAAAGGACGACCUUGCACCUUUUACUUGAUCGGUGCAAUAUCUCGCUCUUCCUUCCAGAUCCUAUUUCCACGAACUGUGCAAUGGCUUGUAGCAGCUCUAAAGAGAAUUAAAAACAGCAGAACUUGUAUUUGUAUUUAUUUGGGAAACACAAAUGGCUUCCUAUCCGUUUGUACUGUUCUUGUGUCUUGUCAGCUUUCUGACCAGUGUAAAAGCUGCAAAUACAGUUUGCCA